GAGAUCAGCUGUGAUUAUCUGGCAGCAGCACUGAAGUCCAACCCCUCCCAUCUGAGAGAGCUGGACCUGAGCGUCAACAACAAGCUGCAGGAUUCAGGAGUGAAGCAUCUGUGUGGUUUCCUGGAGAGUCCAGGAUGUGGACUUGAAACUCUGAGAUUGAGCGACUGUGGUUUGUCAGAGAUCAGCUGUGAUUAUCUGGCAGCAGCACUGAAGUCCAACCCCUCCCAUCUGAGACAGCUGGACCUGAGUGAGAACUACAAGCUGCAGGAUUCAGGAGUGAAGCAUCUGUGUGGUUUCCUGGAGAGUCCAGGAUGUGGACUUGAAACUCUGAGAUUGUGGGACUGUGGUUUGUCAGAGAUCAGCUGUGAUUAUCUGGCAGCAGCACUGAAGUCCAACCCCUCCCAUCUGAGAGAGCUGGACCUGAGCGACAACAACCUGCAGGAUUCAGGAGUGAAGCAUCUGUGUGGUUUCCUGGAGAGUCCAGGAUGUGGACUUGAAACUCUGAGAUUGUGGGACUGUGGUUUGUCAGAGAUCAGCUGUGAUUAUCUGGCAGCAGCACUGAAGUCCAACCCCUCCCAUCUGAGAGAGCUGGACCUGAGCGACAACAACCUGCUGGAUUCAGGAGUGAAGCAUCUGUGUGGUUUCCUGGAGAGUCCAGGAUGUGGACUUGAA